UAAAACCCGUCUCGCGGUCACGGGCCACACCACGCCUGACACCAUCCGCCGCCACGGUUUCAACUCCUCCUCACCCCUAAAUCCUCACCGGCUCGCCAUUGUCCGGACCGGACCCGUCUCGCUCGCGGCCUUAUCCUAAUCGCGCCCCCGCCGCCAUGGAGGCCGUGCGCGCGUCGGCGGCCUGGGUGGCCAGCCGCUCCUCCCACGUCAAGGUCGACCUGUCAGAGAUUGAGAAGGCGGUGGACAAAAUACAGGGAAAUGUUCCAAAAAUUGAGUGGGAUUUCGAAGGAAUUCAUUACUUUGACAAUGGGCCGCUCACUGUGCAGUAUCUCUUUGUGUUGGAUGCACUGAACUUCUGCUUCUGGCCAGACAAGGACUUGACCUAUGACAAUUUGGCUUCUGGGCUUAAGUUAGCCUUAGAGAAUGAUAAGACAGCACUUGAUGCCGAUCGUCUUCAGAGUUACACUGGACCUCAACUUCGACAACUGCUGAACUGGCCACGUUCGUUGCCAAUUGAGGAGGAAAGAGUCCGCCUUCUUCAUGAGGUUGGUCUGGAGCUUGAAAGAAGCUUUGGAGGUCAGGCUGCUAAUCUUGUGAAGGCUGCUGGAAACUCUGCGGCAUCUCUAAUUGAACUGAUUACCCGCCAUUUUCCUGGCUUCCGGGACCAUUCUCUUUACAAGGGGCACCAGGUUUUCCUGUAUAAGAGGGCCCAGAUAUUUGUUGCUGAUUUGUGGGGUGCUUUCAAGGGGGGAAACUAUGGAGAGUUCAAUGACAUCAACUCCAUCACCAUAUUUGCUGACUAUAUUGUUCCUGCUGUGCUGAGGGAUCUUGGCAUACUGAAAUACGAAUCGAACCUAAGUUGCUCGAUUGACUCGAACAGUGAGAUAGUUCCUGGAAGUGAAGAGGAAGUGGAAAUUCGUGCUUGUUCUGUUCAUGCCGUGGAAAAAAUGAGGGAGCUCAUCAAUAAGAAGUUUGGGAAGCAGCUUCUGAGCAUUGACAUUGAUCUCUGGCUCUGGUCAGUUGGCGUUCAGAACAUUGCGCUGUCUCAUCACCGCACCCUCUCCAUUUACUACUGAGGCCCGCACCCUCUCCUGCCAAAGAAUUGGUCGUGUGUCGCUCCGUUUAUUAGCUGCAAUACUUGCUGGAAUGUUGCCUUGCCCCCUGUGGGGAGUGCACAAAAGUGCAUGUCCUCUUGCUUAUGGUGUUACUAUAAUAUUUUGAGACUAAACAGCUGGGUUUUCAGAUGAAAUUUAGCCAUUGAAUGCUUGUUUGCUGUGAAAUUGUGAUCCAAUUCGAUGCCUCUGAGUUGGAAAAUGUGAUGGUA